AAAGAGGGGCAUUCGCGCCGAUUAGAACAAGACGCCAGUAUAUAUGUCAAGCAAAUGGUGGAAGCGAAAGGCUUAAUGGAAGUACAAUUCGAGUUUGGCCAAGUCCAGCUAUAUAUGCCCUUUAAUUUUUCCCCUAUCUGAAUUUGACUUCACACAGAAUACACAAGGAUUAUUCCUCUAAUUUUGCACUCAACGGCCCGUUUCAAUGCGUUCUCUAGUGGUAUUUUAACGUCUUUAUAGAAAAAUACUGAAGAGAUAGUGUAAAGCUAAGAUUGAAAAUGUAGGAAAUUUUCUUUGUUGGAAUAUAUAGUUUUAAAGAUGUCUACAUGACGCAUAUGUAGCUCAUGUCGCUUGUAGUGAACUUACCAACAUGAAAGUAUAGGAGCUUGUUUGACGACUGCCAACUUGAUGAAGAGGGAGUAAUAUUUUCUUAAGGGGCGUGUAAGAAAGAAACACGACUUAUAAUUUGAGACCGAGGGAGUAACACAAGAAGUACAAAAGAUCUUACAAGGCCUAGGAGGUUUGCACUUUGUCCUUGACGGCGGCGAUUUCCACGUACUCCGUGAAAGGCAUAAAUGGAAGUGGAAGGACAACAAUUGAAGAAAAGGAAGCAACUCGGACAAGAUUCAAUGCAUGUCUCGUCCUCAUCCAUGGAUUAUCGGAGAUCCCGCGAUAAUAAACCUCGCAAAUUUUUCGACCGUUACAGCCUACCCGCAGGUUGGUUAUAUUGCCCUCCAUACGGUGAUAACAUAGGCUUUAUUAUCCCAUCAAAAGUGCCUCUAAGUGAAUCAUUCAACAAGAAUAUCCCUCCUGGAGAAAGAUACACCCCAAAAGAACUAAUCGACAAGCAAAGAUGUUUAGGGAGAGAAAUCGGACUGGUGGUUGAUUUAACAAACACUGAUCGUUACUAUCCAGAAUCAGAUUGGACCAGUCAUGGUAUUAGACAUGUUAAGAUUCGAUGCCCGGGGCAGGACUCUGUACCUGAUGCUGAGUCUGUAGAUAGAUUUAUUUCUGAGGUCAUGCAGUUGACAUCUCAAGCAAGUAAAUAUGCUGUUGUCCACUGCACUCAUGGCCACAACCGAACUGGCUACAUGAUUGUACAUCUUCUUGUACGCAAUCAGUCAGUCAGUGUCGGUGAGGCAAUAGCAAAAUUUGCCCAAGCUCGCCCUCCAGGUAUUUACAGACUGAAGUAUAUUGAAGCAUUAUAUGACUUCUAUCUUCAGUCGAAGCCUGAACUUUUGGUCUGUCCCCAAACUCCGGAAUGGAAGAGAGAUACUGAUCAAGAUAAUGAAGUACAUGCUCCUUCUUCUAGGAAAACAAGAGCAGGAGCGGUGUCAGAUGCAGAUUCUGGGAACGAAUGUAUCCCAUUUGCUGAGGUUCAGAUGAUGAGGAACUUUUGCUAUCAAGUGCUCAAUUUGGAUGUACAGGCCAGAAGAAAUACCGGAAUUCCAGGAUCUCACCCGGUCUCUCUCGACAGGGACAAAUUGCAUCUUCUAAGCCAGCAACUCUACCAUGUCACCUGGAGUGCUGAGGGGCCAAGAAACAUGAUGUUAAUAGAUAGGGAGAAUUGUUAUUUGAUUGAUCCACAGUUCUAUUUCAGGAAGGUCCAGUUGCGGUUUCCUUGCAAAUAUAUCUAUGAGGGUAGAGACGACGUUACUCAUCACUACACGUUACUUGAUGGUGAAUUGAUUACUGAGACUGAGCCAGAGACACAAGUGAAGAGGACUACUUUCCUCAUUCAUGAUAUGAUAUCAAUGAAUAAAGUCUCUGUUACAGAGCUACCUUUCCAUCAUCGAUUAAUGCUAAUUGAAGACGAGGUGAUCCGGCCCCGUAACUAUGAACGUGAAUUUUUAUUCACAUGUGUAAAUCCGUACUACCAAUAUGGCCUGGAACCAUUUGAAGUGAGGAGGAAGGAUUUCUAUUUGCUGUCUGCAGCUUCUAAGCUCAUCAAAGAUAUAAUGCCAAAUCUUCCACAUUCAGCUGAUGGUCUUAUCUUUCAGGCCUGGAAUGCAACUUAUGUGUCUCGGGAACAUGAUGGACGUCUGAAAUGGAAAUAUCCUGGAACAAAUACUGUUGAUUUUCUCUUUGAGGUGGGAGUUGACGGCAGCAAUUUGUUUUAUCUGCAAGAACACGGAAAUAAGAAAUUAAUUGAAGGUUGCAGAGUGAUGUUUAAAGAUGGAUCAGAUUUAUCGUUGUACUCGGGUAGGAUAAUUGAGUGCUCCUGGAACUCUCAUGAAAAUGCUUGGAUCUUUGAGCAGAUCCAAACAGACAAAUCAAACCCAGAUUAUAUUAGUGUCUAUGAGGAGGCAAAGCACAACAUAGAGGGCAAUCUUACAGAGGAUAUCUUGUUGGAUGAGAUUGAUAAAGUUGCAAGUCUACCUAUAUAUGCUGACUGGGUAAAGCAUCACAGUGGAUCUUUUAGAGAUGCCUGGAGAAGGCAGUGAGGGAUUUGCUGCUGUUUGUUGCGAUAUGCUUGUUCUCCAAUUUAUCCUUUUUUUUUUUUCCUUUUCUUUUUCACCAUUGAGGGUGAGGUGGGAGGCAUUCUAGUUAAAAAUGCAGGUUCUUUGCGGUCGUCAUUCGGUGUUUUUCUAAGUUGAAAGAGUGACAAUUUAGGGAUUUAUCCUUUCUUUAAGAGUGACAAUUUAGGGAUUUAUCCUUUCUUUUUUUUCACCAUUGUUGAGGGAUUGAGAUGAGAGGCGAAGGAGGAGGUUUUAGUCUAAUUAAAAUCGACUGCAGGUUCUUUGCAGUCGUCAUUCAUCAUUCCGGGGGAUUUUUCUUCUCAUAUUCUGAUUUGCCUAGUUGAAAGAGUGAUAAUGUAGGCUGUAUCUGUUUGUUAUAUUGGAGGCAAGUAUUGGGCAUAAAUUUUUUGUUUGCUCAAUCCAUCAGAGCUCUGGGAAUGUUAAAGGCAAUAACAAAUAAGAGGUCUAGGUGGUGUUUGCAAAAUUUUCUAGGAAAAGUUAGCGCAAAAUAGUGCAGCACACUCGUUUUUCUUUCUUUUUCCUUUUUACAUUUAUUGCUCAAAGUGGAGCCUUCUUGUGAUUUCAUGUAUCUUCUGUAAGAUGCAGUAAAAGGAAAGGACAUUGUACCGUGAUUAUCACAUGUUGGAGCUGUGAUCUUGUAAAGAAAUAUUAACACCUGUUGUUUUCUGUCCUCACCCUUUGGUA